UUUGAUCAUAUCAUGAUCAUCAUGCUCGAGAACCAGGAUUACUCCGCCGCCAUUACUGCUCCCUACAUGUCCAGCCUCCAGCAGUCCGGCACCCUGCUCAGCAACUAUCUGGCUGUCGCCCAUCCAUCCCAGCCCAACUACAUCGCCUUGGUUUCUGGCAGCACCAACGGCGUCACCAGUGACUCCAACGUCAAUUUGAACGUCAAGAACGUCGCCGAUCUGCUCGAAGCCAAGGGUCUUACCUGGAAGAACUAUGCCGAGGUAGGCGGCUGCUUCACUGGCAGCAGUUCCGGCACAUAUGCCCGCAAGCACGUCCCCUUCCUGUCCUUCACCGAUAUCUCAGCCACCUCCCGCUGUAGCAACAUUGUUAUCGCAAGCCAGCUUGCCGCCGACGAAGCUAGCGGCAACCUCCCGAACCUGAUGUUCUAUUCUCCUGACCUCAACAACGAUGGUCACGAUACCGGUGUUGCCUAUGCCGACAACUGGCUCCAGUCCUUCCUGCCCUCCCGCCUGACCAACCCUGCCCACGCCAACACCCUCUUCUUCAUCACCUUUGACGAGUCCGAGAACUACAACAACAACAACCAAGUCUUUGGCAUCCUGGUGGGCAAGGGUGCCCGAUCCGGCGUCAACGACAACGCCAGCUACAACCACUACUCGUUCCUGGCCACCGUCGAGGACAACUUCAGCCUUGGCAACCUCGGAAAGAAUGAUGUUUCCGCCUCUAUCUUUGCCCUCAUCUAAGUUCUUCCAAAUCCGUCUCCAUUUUCCAAUGAGUGGAGGCUUUUACUCCAAGUAUUCCGCCUGCGAUGCGUUCUAUGAAUGUGCAGCAUGUUCAGAACGAAACCGGACAGUGGUGCCCUUGAGUGUUCCUCCCCCGACUGCUGACUGUUGAUGGUUUGAGGUGCACAGUCCUG